AUGCAUUUACCACUAUUCAUAAUAUCUUGCAUUUCCUUCAUACAAUUAUUCAUCACUGAUAGUGAAUGUAGCGAAAAAUCAUUCCGCGAUAAAUAUUAUGUUAUGAAACGUGUGAAACGGCAAACAAGCAAUAUCAGAAGGAAUGAUACGGUAACAACAACAAAUAUACUUCGCGAUCAAUUUAAAGUGGCGUUAACAACUGGUGAUGAUAAGAGAACGAGAAGUGAAUCAAAGCAAAAAAUCUUCAGUCAAGAUGAUGUUUUAAGUUCAAGAUUUCAAGCUCCAGAAUUUGCCUGUAAUAGAAAUCAUUCAAAAGCAGCAGAAAUUUAUUGUUAUGGAGAUAUUCUGCAUGUUGUGAUGAUGCUAGGUCUCUACAGGGAUUCCAAAACAUUUGUUGAUAAGCCACUGAAAAAAAAUCCAGAUGAGGUAAUCGUCGAUUUUCAAAGACGCUUUUCAAAUACAAUCACAGAAGAAGAUCGUGAAGAGGUAGAACAAUUCGUUGAGGAUAAUUUUGGCGUCGAAGGAGAGGAGCUUGAUGGGUGUGAAUUAUCGGAUUGGAAAGAGAAACCUGAACGAUUGCUUACUAUCAAAAAUAGCGCUUUACGACAGUUUGCACUUCAAAUUAAUUAUCUCUGGAAAAAUCUAUGCAGAACUGUGAAAAAAAAAGUUAAAGAACAGCCACAGCGAUAUUCACUGAUUUAUGUACCGAAUGAAUUCAUUGUGCCGGGUGGACGUUUUCGUGAAUACUAUUAUUGGGAUGCUUACUGGAUUAUCAAAGGACUUCUGGCAUCAGAUAAGCUGAUAAUUUUAUUAGAACUAUUCUUUUGGAAGACAAAACGUUCAAUAACAAUAGAAAAAAAUGGUCAAAAUUAUACAGUAUUCCGCUAUCGAGCUGAUAGUAACGUACCAAGACCGGAAUCAUAUCGUGAGGACUAUGUAACAGCUCGGGAUGUACUGCCAUCAAAAAAGCGUACCCUAUGGCGUAAUAUAGCAAGUACAGCCGAAUCAGGAUGGGAUUUUAGUAGCCGUUGGUUUGCUGAUCAAAAAACAAUGGAAACCUGCGAAACAUCAAACAUAGCACCAGUUGAUCUGAAUGCAUUUAUGUGCUGGAAUAUGGCUAUACUGGCACAUAUACAUGGUCAUCUUGGAAAUAUAACACGUCGAAAUGAGCUAAACGAAGAACGAAAUGUUUUCAUAGACGUAUUUACUAACGUAUUUUAUGACAAAACGGAAAAAGCAUGGUUUGAUGUGAAUAUACAAACAGGUAAGCGGAACUACGAAGCAUAUCCUUCCAUCGCAAUACCAUUAUUUGCUGAAUGUUAUCGACCAUUGGAUACACGAAUGAUGACUGAUGUACUCGAUACAUUACAACGCAGUGGAAUUUUAAACUUUCCUUUUGGAGUUCCUGUUAGCUUGAUCAAAGAAACAAAUCAACAAUGGGAUUUCCCAAAUGGAUGGGCAAAUUUAAAUCACAUGAUUAUCGAAGGAUUACGAAAGUCUAAUUACUACAGGAUGCAACAAAAAGCGUUCGAUAUUGCACAAAAAUGGAUCAACCUCAAUUAUCAAGCAUACUUGAAAGAUGGCAAAAUGUGGGAGAAAUAUGACGUUACCAAGCAGUAUGAGAAGAAAACUCAAGGCGGUGAAUAUGAGAUACAGGAUGGAUUUGGUUGGACGAAUGGAGUAGCACUUGAUCUUCUGGUUACCUACGGGAAACUAUUAUCAUUUCAAGAUGAAGUGAAUAGCACUGGUUGUAUAUAA